AUGUGUUUUUUACGACAUGAAGUUGAAGCUGAUGAGAUGAUAAAACUUGCUCGAUCGGGUUUUGGAAACGUAAAAAGUAAAAAUAAUGCGAGUGUUUCGGAUAGUGUAAAUUCGGGGCAUUGUGAAGUGCCUACUUCUGCUAUGCUUUUGUCCACUGAUUUUGGGAAGGAAAGUUUGGGUAUUUCUGAUCCCAUUGCAGAAAUGGAUAGGAAUAAAAAGUAUGCAGAAGAGUCUGUUAAAUUUCAGGAAAAGUUAACUAUACUUCCUUCCGGAAGAUAUGAGUUAGAAUUGCCGUGGAAAAAGUAUAGUGUAGAACUAUCUGAUAAUAGAAAUUUAGCAUUUCAACGCAAUGUGAAAAUGAUAAAACGGUUAAGUAGUGAUAAUUUAUUAAAAGACUAUCUACAUAUUUUUAAUGAAUGGGAACAAAUGAAUAUUAUAGAAAAAGUACCUGAGAUGCAAUCUAUGUUUGACCCUAUUGGUCUGUUAUCUCCAGUUACAUUAAUUCCUAAACUUGUGUUGCAAAAUACCUGGAAACCCAAGAUUUCUUGGGACCAGAUAUUGCCACCUGAUAUUGAAAAGGACUUAUAUAAGUGGAUUAGUGAGGUUCAUUUGUUGAAAGAAGUGUCAAUACCUCGUUAUAUCGGCUCCAAUGCAACCAUUGAAUUGCAUGUUUUUGUUGAUGCGUGUAAAGAUUCUUAUGCUGCUUGUGUGUUUUUGAGAGUGGUUGAAAAAUCUGAAGUUAAGAUUACUCUUAUGAGAGCAAAAGCAAGAGUUGCUCCUUUAAAGAAAUUAAGUAUUCCGCGGUUGGAAUUGAUGUCUUGUUGCAUUGGGGCUAGAUUGGCUUUUGCUGUGAGUAAUGCUCUUAAUUUACCUGAUAGUAAAGUUACUUUUUGGUCUGAUUCUACUGUAGCCUUAUGGUGGAUCAAAGAGGGAGGAGAUUGGUCAGUUUUCGUGUCAAAUCGUGUGAAAGAAAUAAAUUCAUUGACUCGACCUCAGUCUUGGCGUUGGGUUCCAGGGAGUAUGAAUCCUUGUGACGUGGUAUCCCGUGGAUGUUCCAUUAAGAAAAUAGUAAAGUCUGAAUGGUGGACCGGACCUCUGUGGCUUAAGGAGGAUCCAGAACAUUGGCCAAAAGACAAAAUCGAGUGUCCUUCGGAGGAAAUUAAUUUAGAAAGAAAACGUGUCAAAUUGGUAAAUAUUAAUGCAUCUGACACCUCUCCCCCUUGGUACGCCAUAAGAACUUUUGACUAUGGUAAAAUGAUUAGAGUAAUUGGUUGGGUUUUACGCUUCGUAAAUAACUGUAAAAAGAAUAAAUAUGCUAAUAAAGAGUCUUCUAUUUAUGUGGAUGAAAUAGAAAAUGCUGAGAAAGCACUGAUCCGUUCUGUUCAAGAAUCUUAUUUUUCUAAUGUUGAAAAUGUUAAAACUGUUGAACUAAUAAUUGAUAAAGAUAACCUUUUACGAGUAAAAACUAGUAUUACUGAACGUAAAGAUAAAUUGAACUUUUUGUAUCCUUAUCUUCUACCUGGUAAUUGUACUUUUACAAAAAUGCUAAUUGAAUAUACCCAUAGGAAAAAUUGUCAUGCAGGAAUUCAAAUGAUGCAAUGUAUUUUGAGAGAGAAGUUCUGGAUUCAUAAAGCUCGUAAAACUAUUCGUAAUGUCUUGCGUAAUUGUGUUAAAUGUUAA